AUGAGCGCCAUGUCGAGUUCCAGCGGUCUUUUGCGUCGAUCUAGUCUGAGAUUACAGGCGGCACGUGUUCCGCGGUCGUCAACCUCCGCUUCCGCUCUCGGCGGGAGACGAUAUGUCCAUGAGGAAUUCAUGGUGGACCCGCGGGACAAGAACUUGCUGCCUAUUAAGACUAACCUUCGAGGCUCCGCUCUUCUCAACAACCCCCGCCUCAACAAGGGCGCCGGAUUUACACGCGAAGAACGCCAGGUCUUCAAUCUUGAGGGGUUCUUGCCGUACGAUGUGCACAGUCUGGAGAAGCAGGCAAGACGAGCAUGGAACCAGCUCCUCAAACAACCCUCCGUCAUCCUCAAACACGCAUUCCUCGCCUCCCUACGAGAUCAAAAUCAGGUGCUUUUCUACAAGCUCAUGCAGGAUCACCUGAAGGAGCUGCUAGGUGUCCUUUACACUCCCGGAGCUGCUGAGGCGGUCGCGAACUAUUCGAACCUUUUCCGUAGACCAAUUGGGUGCUUCAUCUCUUUCCCCAAUCAGGACGGUAUGAAGUCACAGCUCGAGGGGCAUCUGAUGGAUGUCAACCGUACUGCCGACUACACCUACGACCAGGAGAAGAUGAAGGAUGCUAUCGAUCUUGUCGUCGUGACCGACUCGGAGGCCAUUCUCGGUAUUGGAGACCAAGGAGUAGGCGGUAUCACCAUCUCGACCUCCAAAUCCGCCCUCUACACUCUCGGCGCUGGAAUCAACCCCAACCGUAUCCUCCCCGUCGUCCUCGACUGCGGAACCGACAACCACGCCCUCUUCUCGGACCCGCUGUACAUGGGUUGGAAGCGCACACGGCUGAGGGGACGAAACUACGACCAGUUCGUCGACCGAUUCAUCAAGAGCUGUCGCGAGCUCUUCCCGAACGCGAUCAUCCACUUUGAGGACUUUGGAAUGGCCAACGCCCACCGAUUCAUGGAGAAGUACAAGGACAUCCCGAUGUUCAACGACGAUAUUCAGGGAACGGGUGCUGUUGCUCUUGCUGCUCUCUUGGCUGCUAUCCGUCUGAGUGGGUCAAAGCUCUCAGACCAACGUAUCGUCAUCUACGGCGCCGGUUCCGCCGGUAUGGGUAUCGCCGACCAGAUCAAGGAUGGACUCAUGAUCUUGGACGGGCUGGACAAGAACGAGGCGGCUAGGCGGUUCUGGUGUGUUGACAGGAACGGUUUGUUGGUGGAGAGCAUGGGGAAUGCGCUGCGUCACGCCCAGAUGGCGUACGCAAGGCCAGACGAGGAGGUCAAGGACUGGAAGAGGCAAAAUGAGGAUCAGAACGCUAUCCGCCUGCUUGAUGUCAUCCGCGAGGUCAAGCCCACUGUCCUUAUCGGCACAUCAACACACUCCAGGGCGUUCAACGAGGAGCUCAUCAAGGAGAUGGCUAAGCACGUCGACAGGCCUAUCAUCUUCCCCAUGUCCAACCCCACCGCUCUGUGUGAGGUGGACCCUCAGGACGCUAUGGACUGGACAGAGGGUAAAGCCCUUGUCGCUACCGGAUCCCCCUUCUACCCCGUCAACCUUGGAAAUGGCAAGACUUACCAAGUCGCCCAGACCAACAACGCCCUUAUCUACCCCGCCCUCGGCCUCGGUGCCAUCCUCGCCCGUGCCCGCACCAUUUCCCCCAGUAUGCUCAUGGCCGGUGUCCACGCACUCUCCUCCCUUUCGCCUGCCCUGGACAACCCAGAAGCAUCGCUCCUCCCGGAUUUGGCGGACGUGCGGGACGUAUCGGUUGUAGUGGCGGCGGCGGUGGUCCGGCAGGCAGUGGCGGACGGAAACGCACAGGAUGACACGACGGUGGCCGUGGUGAAGGGAGAGAAGGGACAGAACCUGGAGGACUACAUCAGGAGCAGGAUGUGGGACGCGGUAUACCGGCCCUUGGAGCUGGUUGACUAG